AUUUCUGACUUCACUUCCCAAUCCCUCUGGCCCUCGCCGCGCCACCCAAAACCCGCAACCAUGCAGAUCUUCGUGAAAACCCUAACGGGUAAGACCAUAACCUUGGAGGUCGAAUCCUCCGACACCAUCGACAACGUCAAGGCCAAGAUCCAAGACAAGGAAGGCAUCCCUCCGGACCAACAACGUCUCAUCUUCGCCGGCAAGCAGCUUGAAGACGGCCGUACCCUAGCCGACUAUAACAUUCAGAAGGAGUCCACCCUCCAUCUGGUCCUCCGCCUCCGCGGUGGCGCCAAGAAGAGAAAGAAGAAGACUUACACCAAGCCCAAGAAGAUCAAGCACAAGAAGAAGAAGGUGAAGCUCGCUGUGCUUCAGUUUUACAAGGUGGAUGAUUCUGGAAAAGUCCAGAGGUUGAGGAAAGAGUGCCCUAAUGCUGAGUGUGGUGCCGGCACUUUCAUGGCCAAUCAUUUCGAUAGGCAUUACUGUGGGAAGUGUGGCUUGACCUAUGUUUACCAGAAAGCUGGUGGUGAUUAGCUUUUUUGUCUGGGUUUUAAUGGUAUUAUUUUGAGGUUUUAUAUUUGAUGUUUUGGUUUUAGUUUAAUGGCACUUAUUUGUUGAAUUUAGUACUUUUGGAAUAGAUGGUAAUUGUUGGAUUUUGAAAUUUUGGUUGGUUAAUUAGAUAUUUGAUAUAUGUCGAUUUUAAGUUAAAGUGGUUUAUGUGGUUUCUUCA